CCCUGAGUCAUAGCUUUGGGCUGGGGCCAUGGCAAAAAAAAAAAAAAAAAACUUUGUUGUGUAGCAGGGAAGGCAGCCCUUCCCUAGGAAGGCCCGGGAAAGUGUCCCAAGGACUAGGAAAGGCAAGGAAAGUCACGGUAGAGACUUGAAGGCACGCAUGAAUCCUGGAGACAAUCCGGGUUCAGUGGGUUGUCAGUGUGGCAGCACUAGCCUUGUUUUAUCAGCCAACAGGAUCAGAGCUAGGGGUCUAAGGCCUUCGGGUUACUUGGCGAGAGGGAGGGCUUGAGCCUAGGGCAGGCCUGGGAUGACUAGCUGGGCGGGCGCUGUUCAGAGGCAGGCCUGUGUGCAGACCCAGGCAGUUUCACUUCCUGAACCACCACCGCCAGCAGCAGAACCAACACUUGUCUCACGCCCUGCUUCUGGCUCAGCAUGGGCUCACAGGCCCUGCCCCACGGUCCCAUGCAGACCCUCAUCUUCUUGGACCUGGAAGCCACUGGCCUGCCUUUCUCUCAGCCCAAGGUCACAGAGCUGUGCCUGCUGGCUGUUCACAGACGUGCCCUGGAAAACACCUCCAUCUCUGGGGGACAGCCACCUCCAGUGCCCAAACCACCCCGUGUGGUGGACAAGCUCUCUGUGUGCAUUGCUCCAGGGAAAGCCUGUAGCCCUGCAGCCAGUGAGAUCACAGGUCUGAACACAGCCGAGCUACAAGUAAAUGGACGUCAGUGCUUCGAUGACAACUUGGCCAACCUGCUCCAAGCCUUCCUACAGCGUCAGCCACAGCCCUGCUGUCUUGUGGCACACAAUGGCGACCGUUAUGACUUUCCCUUGCUCCAGGCAGAGCUUGCUAUGCUGAGCAUUAGAAGUCCUCUAGAUGGUACCUUCUGUGUGGAUAGUAUUGCUGCCCUAAAGGCACUGGAACAACCUAGCAGCUCCUCAGAGCACGGUCCAAGGAAGAGCUACAGCCUGGGCAGCAUCUACACCCGCCUGUAUGGGCAAGAACCCACAGACUCACACACCGCUGAAGGUGACGUUCUAGCCCUGCUCAGCAUCUGUCAGUGGAAGCCACGGGCCCUGUUGCAGUGGGUGGAUAAACAUGCCCGGCCCUUUAGCACCAUCAAGCCCAUGUAUGAUGUUCCAGCUGCUGCUGGAACAGCCAAGCCAAGGCCAUACGCUGCCACAGCCACUGCAUCCCUGGCCUCAACCAACACGAGUCCCAGCCAUGGCAGAGGCAAGCGACCCAAGACUCUUCCCCCAGCAAAGGUUCCAGAAACCCCAUCUCAGGAGCUGCUGGCCCCACUGAGCCUGCUUGCCUUCCUGACCGUGGCAGUAGCCAUACUGUAUGGACUCUCCUUGGCCUCACCUGGGCAGUAAAUAAACCAGUAAGAAAAAUCUGACUAAUAAAGACCCCACAGCACUGA